AUGGGCAUUCUGCCCACAUUUCGUUGCUCUAUCGGCUGGGUGCGCCGUGCGUUGCGGCGCCAGGGGGUGAGGUGCCGUGCAUCAGUCGGCGAGGCGGCCAGCGCGGACAUGGCCGCAGUGCGCGACGCCCGGAAGAAGCUCCCGCAACUACUUAUGCACCUCUCGGCCAGUCCGCGCGACACGUUCAACCUCGACGAAACCGCCCUUUGGACGUACAGCAAUGGCCGUAUUCUAGGGCGCAAGGUGUCGAAGGAACGCCUUACCAUGGCGUUCCUCGUCAAUGCGGACGGGAGCCACGCGUUCCGCCCGUUGGUCAUCAGCAAGGCGAAGCGCCCGCACGAUUUUCGCCCGGACUACGAUCCCGAGGCCCUUUGCUACUGGCGUCACAACUUGUUCACCCACUUCAUCUCGCAGCUCAAUGCUGCCAUGUAUGCGGAGGGACGCCACAUCAUCAUUUUACUCGACAACGCAAGCUCCCACAUGCUCAAGAGCGAGUUCGCGUGGAGCGAGAUUAUUUGCGGCAUGCGGACGACUUGCAUGAGCAAUGUCCGUCUGGUCUUCCUACCGCCGAACACCACGGCCUUCACCCAGCCCCUUGACCAGGGGAUCAUUGCCAAUGCCAAGGCCCGCUACCGCGAGCACUGGCUGCGGGCCUUCACGGCUCUGUGGAACGCGGACAGAGCGACAAGCACCGUCGCGCGGUUCCGCCCGAACCUGCGCGACGUGUUGGCGUGGCUGUCGGACGAGUGGACGAGCGUCGGUGCGCGCACCAUCCAGCGGUGCUGGUGGCGCAUGGGUUGUCUCCCACUUUCCUGGUCCAUGGACUUGACCCACGUGCACGACGACGAGCCCACCCCGUCCGCCUAUCCCGACAUCAGUGGGAUGGGGCUCGGGAAUGGUGCGAUGACCGCGGCUGAGUAUGUCGCCAUCGACGACGGUGAGCUGACGUGCGCCGAGCACGCGGCGGAACAGACGACGACGGAGCCGGAAACGGGCAUGGUGGUGGAGUUGUGGGAGGCGCCGACCACCAUGCAGGCCGUAUACGAAGAUGCCGAUCCCGUGGGCCGUGAAGCGCGGCGCACUGCCCAGGCGGCAUGCGAGAUGCUCAUCGGCUAUGCUCGCGCCACCAGUAUCACGCCGCGCGACCUCUGCCACCUAUUCGACAUCCGUUACCCGAUUAUCAUCGCAAGGAUGGAGCGGGCGAGCCCGGCCUUUAAUCUCAACGUGGCCCCUCUGGCCGUGCGCACCCCGGGCGCUACACCCGCGCCCGACACCCCGCGUCCGCGCGGCCGAGUGCUGCCUGGCUGGAUGACCCAGCCUUCCCGCCGUCAGCAGCUGCUGGACGCCGGUGUUAGCGCCGCGAUGGGCGGGUAUGUUGACGCGGCGGAAUGGAUGCGCCUGUGA